CUUACACACAAUACAAGUUAGUCCAAGAGAACAGCAGUCUCCCGCGUCAGCUGCUUCGAAAAAAGACAUGGGAUCAAAUUCAGAUCGUCGAUCUAUCCAUAUCACCCCCUUGGCCAGCACCAUAAUUACAAACGCAACAUUAGUAAUUCCAUCCUCGUCUACAAUCACGACAGAAAAAAGUAAAUUGUAUAUCGAAGUUUAGUUUAUGAACUUUUACAUUUCCAUCUCUCUUUUUUUCUCUCUCUAGCUCUCGUACAAAUAAUGGCUACAGCAAUGUUUUAGAACUGAAUGAUAAUGGAAGCGAUUCAGACGACCAUGCCGAACUGGAAUUACAGCAAGAACAUCAAGAACCAUUUUCUUUUUUAUCAAAAACAAGUGUUAUCAAAUCGGCAAAACGAAGGAAAGUAACAUUGGAAAAGAACGGGUCGAAACGUCCGCGAACUACAUUCGAAAAUGACAGCGACGCUGAUAAAAACGAAGAUCAACACCUUGAUCUGCAGCUGAUGGUUUAUUACUUGAAACAAUUAAGUCAAAAUCAUGUCAAUUUAGAAAAACAGCUAAAACAAAUCAUCACAAAUCAAAAACGUGAUCAAGAAAUGCUAAAAUUUUUUCGAAAACCAGAAAAGAAUACAAAAAGCAUUAUUGAGACGAAAGGUAUGUAG